UCUGGCCCUCAGCCCUCUGGCCAGCCCUAGUCCCGCUGCAGCUCCUCGCGGGGUAACAUACAUGAGCGAGAAAGCAGAAGUUGUCCAAAGUUUCGAGACAAGUUGUGUCCGCGUCAGAGUCGCACAUCAUGGCCGGGGGCUCGGUGUUCGAGUGCAAGGAGUACUUGUUCAAAGUUCUGGUCAUCGGGGAAUUAGGCGUCGGGAAAACCAGCAUCAUCAAACGCUACGUGCACCAGCUGUUCUCGCAGCACUACCGGGCGACCAUUGGAGUCGACUUCGCCCUGAAGGUGAUCAACUGGGACAGCAAGACGCUGGUCCGGUUACAGCUGUGGGAUAUCGCAGGUCAGGAACGAUUCGGGAACAUGACGCGAGUGUACUACAAGGAGGCCGUGGGGGCGUUCGUGGUGUUCGAUGUGACGAGGAGCUCCACGCUUGAGGCGGUGUCUAAAUGGAAGCAUGACCUGGACAGCAAGGUGACGCUGGCUAACGGCAACCCCAUCCCCUCAGUGCUGCUCGCCAAUAAAUGCGACCAGAAGAAAGAGAGCUCCAACAACACGGCCCUCAUGGACAAUUUCUGCAAAGAGACUGGCUUUCUAGGCUGGUUUGAAACCUCGGCUAAGGACAAUAUCAACGUGGACGAGGCAGCGCGUUUUCUGGUCGAGAGUAUCUUGGCGAACGACAGAGGGUUGAUGCCGUAUGAGGAGAGCAAUGGCGACCAGAUCACACUGGACCAGGAGACUGUGGCUGAGAGAAAGUCAGGCUGCUGUUGACACUCGACCCAUUUAAAUUAGCCAUCCGCCUCCCUUUGGCGGGGUCCCUGAGCACCCAGCCUGUGGCUCUCAGUCUUCUACUGAAGCGUCUCUGAGGAAUGUUAAUUCUUGGUUCUUCAAAGCUCCAGAAUCUUCUCCUCUCUGCACCGAUGGCCGUUCGAACCCGCACAUCCAAGUGUUUCAUAGUAGUUCUCUAAGCCCUAUUUUAUCUUGAAGUUGUCACAAAUAAUAUUGCUGCCUCCAUAAAGCUGUUUCCUUCUUUGUCCCACAUCUCUAAACCGCAGCAUCUUCCUUCAUGUUUCUUCUCUCAGUGCAUAUUUCCAUGAUUGUGUAUUCCUCCAUCAACCAUAAUCCAGCCCACCACGAUUGAACCCUGCUGCUCCUCCAGUUAACCCGACGGCCUCUGCAGCCCUGGACCAUACCACCCCCGAGGAGGGGUGAAAACUAAACAGAAAAUGACGAAACACAAGCUUAAAAACAACUUGUAGUCUCUUAUUUUCUGUCUGGUUGGUCUAUCCUCGCUCUGUAUGCUUGUCUUUCAGCGUUUAUCUGUGAAACGAGACACUUUAUUGCUCAGUGUUGAAAUAGUUCUUCUAAUCACAUGGAUGGACAUUAUUUGAAAAUCAUUCUUUUACCGCACACACAUGUUUGUGUUUCCAGCUGUUCUGUAGACUACUGUGUAAAACAUAAGCACACAGGCUUUGCAGUUAAGCCUUCUGAAAGUGUUAUCGUAUCAAAUGGUUGUCAUGAAUUCUUGUCUGUCAUAUUUUCUCUGACGUUAUGUGCCAUAAUACAGUUUAUGUUAAGAGGGGAACACUUUGUUAUUCACUCAAACAUUCUCGUAAUGAUACCAUAUGAGACACACGAAUGAAAAUGUAAAUCUGCUUCACAGGUUUUAUUGUGUUGGAUCAUGCGUUGUGAAAUUGGUGAGAUAUAAAAUCAGACACAGGACUACACUCUCCUGUACAUUAGUGUUAAAAUUAAAUAUGAAGGAUUUUUCUUUUUAAACAUUGAGCUGAGAUCAAGUUUACAUGAGAAAAUACAUUGAAUAUAUGAGACCAAAAUAGAAUAAACAUUUUAACAGAU